AUGACUGGACGAAGUAAGUUUUUUUUUUUGCGGCUUUCGAAAUAAGGAAAAAUUUCCAGACAAUGCUCCGAAAGGAUACGCGAAGUCGACUUUCGCCAGCGAUCGUAAUUUUAUUUUCAAUUAUAGCUCACACUUUCUUUUUCAAACAGUUACAAAUUUGAAAACAUUCAAGAAAAUUUCAGGUCGCCGUAGCGAUACUCGCCGUCAACAAGUCGAACGUGGUAAAUUUUCCUCUUGAAGUUGGACUUUAACACACGAUUUAUUGUCAGCACGCCGCGGUGGACUCCGGCCACAGCAACAGCGACCUGCACCUCUUCCAGAAGCUCAAGCGCCUGUCGUUCGUCGUCAGGCUCCAGUUCCGGCUCCUCGCCGUGAGGCACCAGUUCCUGCUCCUCGUCGUGAGGCUCUAGCCGGACAACUCCCUGCCGCUCAACCGGUUGUGGCUGCUCCGAUGGGACAUCAAGACCUCUUGGCUGGUUUGUUAUCAGAACUUCAUUUGAUCGCAAUAAUGAGAGAAUGAACAUGAGUUAUUUUAUAUAUUUCAUAAUUUUUCCUAUGUUCAGAAAAAUGUAUCUGGUUGAUAGAUUUUUUUUUGUGGGUUCUUAAAACUCAUACAGGAUUCUAUCGACUUUUUGAAAAAAAUAAUUUUCUAGACAUCUUUUACGUAAUCAGUAAAGCCUAUCUCAAAAUAUAUUCAGAAAUUUUUCAUCUGAUGUAGUCUACUUCGUUUCCUUCCAAAAUACAAAUAUCUAUUUUCAGGCGCCCCAAAUCUUGGACGUGGCGCGUCUCUUUCUGUUCGAGGAGGCCGCGGUGCUCCAAGACAUGAGCCGGCAAACUUCAUGGACAGUAAGUCAUUAUUUGGAUCAUUUUUUAUUUUCAGAAGCAUUAGAUGACAGACAAAAAUUCUUUGUUAUGAGUUGCUAAUAAACUUGAAGAUUUCUUACAAGCAGAAUGAGAAUAAUUUCAGGUUCAGCUGGUAGAGGCGGACGUGGAGGCGGUCCUGCUCGAGCCGGUCUCCGUCGAAGCGAUCGAGUUGCGGCUCGACAUGUCGCUUUUUACGAUCUCGACGGUACUAUCAAAAAUAUAUCAUUAGUUACAAAAACUGUCGUUUUUUUCAAACCUUAAAUUUUGGCAAAUAUUUAGAUGGGGAUAGAUUUAGGUUCAACCUCUCAGAAUUGGGAAGGCUCAAAAAAUUCGAUAAUUUUAACUAAUCAAGAUUGAAUAGGAAAUUAUUUCGGUUUGAAAAAGAGGAUUGCCGCAUUAGAAAUGAGAAAAAGGACUUUCUUGAAAAAUGCUUUGGAAACGAUUUUUCCAAAUCGCUUCAUUCUGCUGAAAAAAUAUUUCUGAGUUUUUCUUUCCAAAUGUUGAAUUUUACUCAACUUUUAAAUUUCAGCUGACGAGGGAGAGGAGCUUUUGGAUCUCGACGAGAUUGUAGCCGCGUUCCGACCAGCGAAUCCUGCUGACGAUUCCACCGUCGGCAGGCAGCCGACUGCUGAGAACAUUUCCAGUAAGUUACUCAAAAUUUCAGCAUUUCAAGUCAAUUUAUCUCCCAAAAAACUAGCUUCAAACAAAACGAGGAGCAAAUCGAAAAUCUCAGAUUUCGGUCUAAGUUACAAUUUAUUUCAUCAUUUGAUAAGAAAACAGCCAUGCAUUUUUAAAAAUCCUAAUUACCGUAAUAUUUUUUAAUGACACAAAAGUUUCAGCCGUUUCCCAGUCGCAAAGCCAGGACAGCGUCUCUUCCUCUGAGCCGGUCACUAAACGACAGAAAAUUGAAGGACCGAAUGGUGAGUUUUUAGGAGUUAUAUUCAAAAAAGAGAGUUCAGGAAAGAUUUUCUCUCUUCUUUCGAACAAAAUUAUUUUUUAAAUGUUGCAACUUUCAUAAUUCAUUUCAACACUGAAACUUUCAGCUACCGCAGAAGUUGCUGAUCCACAGCAACCAAGUGAAGGUUUCAAGCAACCUGAGGUUCCUGUUCGUCGACAGAGAAACUAUCACGCAGUUUUGGCACCCAACCAACCAGGUAAGAUUUUCAAAAAUUAUAAGAAAAAGUCUUAAAGUGAAAAAAAGUAAAAAUAAAAAAAUGUAUCUGAUUUAUUUUUAGUGCCACAAGGUCCUCCGCCGCACAUCUACUUCUACGGCUUCCGGUACACUUUGGAUUGGAGCGCACCGCCUGUCCAGGGAGUUGACACCACGGGUACCACCACGGAGCAGUUGACGAGUUCGCGUGAGUUGACUGAUUUUUUUAACUCGAAAAAUUGAAAAUAUUAACAAGAAAAUGAGCUCUGCGAACAAUUGAAGAUUUUCGAAUUACUUUAAAGUUUUUAAAUACUUUCAAAGAUUUGUUUACAGUUUCAACACUCCUAGAGAAUUUCUGAGAGCCAUCGAAUUGUUUUUGAACUUUUGAAAUUAUUAGUUUUUUUCUGGGAAUUUCAAGACGUUAUUGAAAAGUUUUCAGGCGCCAACAGCACCGUCGAUGAUAGCUUUGCUUCCUCACCUGCCGUGGCCUCGCAGGACCACGGCAGGCUCAGCCAGGCUUCUCUGGCCACUGUGCCGUGGUCUAGUCGUGAGUUUCUUUUUUAUUGUAAUUCAUUUUUGAAUUGAGCACUAGGGUGUGAGAGUAUUGAGUAUGAACAAGGUUUUCAGAGCCAUUUUUAGAAUGUCAAAAACUUUUUUCAAACUUUCGAGAUUUCCUUCCAAUUUAUAAAGAUUCAGGGACUGAUGCAAAUUCGACGAGGAUUGAGAGCCCGGCUGCGUCGUCUUCAACUCUUGGGCUGAUGACCGGUGUCUCUCCGAACAUGUCGACAGUUCCUUCAAACAUGCCAGCAGUUCCUCCGACGAUGCCGCAGGCUCUGGACUUGAAUACAUCCGAACUGCGCUCUCCUCAUUUUGAUUGUCAGUUUAACUCGCAACUUUUUUAGUUUCUUUCUUCGAUACGAUUUUCCCUCUGAAAAUUUUCACACAUAACAUUUUUCUGAAUUGGAAAACUAAACUUAAUUUCAGAUUCACACAUCAGCAUUAUCGAUGUCGCCAUGGCCAGGAACGUGUCGGAUGAACGUGAAAGAACCGCGUCUUCUGGUUAGUUUCACUAUGAUCGUUUUUUUCUUCAACUUCAGCUCUUCUGAGAUAUUUCCAGACUGAUAAGAAAAAAUAAACAUCGGAAUUUAGAACGAGAUGUCAGCGUCAGUGUCACCGUCAAUGCUGUCGAUCUGGAACUGGACAACUCGGUCGGGUCAUCUGCCGACGGCGUUCGGGCCGCCGGCAGGCCCAGUCAGUUGCCUUCGAUUCAUUCGAUCGGUGAGUUACACGAACGAUAGAAUUUGAGGAAACUUCUUUCCCUCAAAGUUUUUCCUCGUUUGACUUGAAUAAUUACGGUUUGGAUAAUUACUUUUGCUGAUUUUCGUCUUCCUGAUUUUUCAGAAAAGAUUUCAUUCUGAGUUAAGUCUAGAUCUUCGGAAAUUUCUUUUUUCUUCAAAGAUUUCCCCCAAUAAAGUUUAGUCAGAACGAUUCGGAUGAUAACUUCCACUUAAUUUAGUCUUCCUGAUUCCGCAAAAAAAAAGUUUAAUUUAGUGUAAAAACAUUUGAAACAGUUGGAGCAAAUCAAACUUUCAGCUUCCGAUGAGCCGACUGGUGAACCAACGAUUGCCGCUGAGAUUCUGAAUCAUCGGCAUAUUGGUAUGUCCUUUUUUCAGUUUAAGGCUGAUAGUUGAAGAUGAAACCGUUUCUCGGAUUGUAGUUCUGAAUUCGAUAUUUUAUUGCUUCUUGAAGAAUUUGUCUUUAUUCAGUUGAGGACUAUUUUUCAGAGCCCACUCCGGAUCCCAAUGCGCCGAAGCCGAUGCCGACGUUUGAAGUUUUUUCUGAAAGGGAGCCAAGGGAUUUUACAAUUCUCCAUAAUCGAGGUAUUUUUUUAUUUAAUAAUAGAAUCCCGUCAUACUUCUCUAACUUCGUGGGCUUUUUAAAAAAAAAAGGAAAAAUUUCAUCUUUCUUUAUCUUGGCGACUUUCAGAUUUUCCAUAUUUUUUUUCAACUUUGCUAAUUCAAAAAAAAAUGAUUUUUCAGCCAAUGAGAUUGAAAUUGGAACCGGGGUCGAGGAACUUCGCUCUCCGGGAUUGCGCCGUCGCUCGCCGCUCAAUCCGACGUUUGGUGAGUUUUUUUUCCAUUACUCUGCUUUGUAUUCCUAGCCGAAACCAUUUGAAAAAAAGUGGAUAUUGAAAAGUCAUAGAAUAUUUUCUUCAUCAAUAUUCCCACUCUUAUUCGAGCUGCUUUGAAAAUUAUCCAAACAAGCGAAAAACAUAAAGACUUUCAAAAAGCGGUCAAAGAAUUAUACAAAGAGCUUCUUCUGUAAAAGCUAACUUCAUCGAGUCUUCAAACCGGCUUUAUUUUUUUUUCCACACAUUUUUUCAAAAUCUCUGAGCUGUAAAAAGUUUUGACUUUGGAAUUAGAAACCUUGAUUCAAUCUUGAAAAUUUCCUGCAGGUAUGAGUCCCACGGCUUCCGAACUUCUCCACUCUGUGCGUCUUCCCUUGACCUCGCCGACUGGACAUCACGACGAGUCUGCGAACGUCGAGGUAUUCCUUGAAAAUUGGUUUCGAAAUCUAAAAAAAUUUUUGAGAUCCAAAGUGAACAAGUGUUUUUUUAAUCAAAAACUUAUCGAUGAAAAAAAUAUUCUUGAAUAUUUUGAUUAUUCUGAAUAUCAUCUUUCAUUUUCAAUCUUUUUCAGACCAGUGACGGAGAUACCAGUGCUCGGGAUGAUUCUCUGGUCAACAUCAACAGCGCUGACGGUUCGGCUUCUCCACCUGCCGUCGUCGGCCACGGCGUCGCCAGGCUCAGUCCGGGCGUCGUUCUCAAUGAGAACCGUAAGUUUCUGGAUCAUUUCAGCCAAACAUUCUUCUUGAUAAAGAUUAGGAUCACUUUCAAAAUCUCAGAGCUCCUGUUGUUUUUUUAUUGUGAUUUCGGAACGAGAACUUCAUUAUUUUGUAAACCGAAAACUACAAAAAAAUGGAAAGAUAGAUUUUCACUUACUGUUCUUCUGACACUCACAAAUUUUCAAAGUUUUCCCAAAUGUCGAAAUUUCAGAUGUCGACACUUCGGCGACUGCAGUGGCUUCGUCUGUUGGCAUGAGCGCUUCUCCUUCGGCUGAGGACUCCAACGACGUCAAGGUAACACAUUUUACGAUAAAAAAUCUGAAUUCCAUAUCUAACAAAAAUCUUUUCUUUUGAACUCUAAAAAAAUAACUUUUCUCCAAAAUUUAAAAGAAAAACCAACGGCUUUUCUUCUCAGAAACCUUUCUACUAUAAUUUAUUUCAACCAUAAAAAAGUUCUCGAUCUUCAAAGUUUCCCAUUAAGUCAUUGAUGUUUUUCAGACUGGUGCUCAUACUGACGAUUCGACCGGCCAGGACAAGGUAAAAUAUCUCGAUUUUUGUCAUUUCUAAUUUGAAUUUUUCAGACCGACUAA